CUGGCGGGUCCGUUUCUACUUUCACAGGUCUCAACUCUUUUCCCCCAAAGAACAGCAAAGGAUGAUCAAGUACCAGCUUCUGCAGAAACCCGUGUCAUUCAAAGAUGUGGUUGUGGGCUUCACCCAUGAGGAGUGGCACCGGCUAACUCCAGCUCAGAGGGCCCUGUACCGUGAUGUGAUGUUGGAGACAUACAGCAACUUGAUCUCAGUGGGUUACAAAGGCACCAAGCCAGAUGUGAUCCUCAGGCUUGAACAGAGAAAAGCACCAUGGAUCUGUGAGGCAGCAUGCCCCAGCUGCCAGUGGCCAGAAAAAAUCUGGAAAGUUAACAUCCAGAGGAAAAGGCAGCAAGACAACCUUUUGAGACAAACAGCAUGCAUCAGCAAGAAAACACUGUCCAGGGGGAAAAAACUGAAAGGCAAUAAGAGUGGGAAAAUCGCACUACUAAACCCUGAUCAUUCUUCAACUCAAAGUCUGACUGGUUUUCAGAGAAACUAUGCAAACAAACAAGAGGAGUGUUAUGGGUCCAGGAAGUUGUUACAGGGAACAAUCAACUCUAGAAGUUGUAGCAGAGAAACAUACUGCAGUCCCCGUGGGGAAGCUUUCAGCCACAGCUCAGCACUUCUGUAUAAACCAGCAGGAACCACCAGUUGUGCUGUGUACAAACAGAAAAGGGUUCCUCCGACAGAGAAACCUCACGUCUGUGGUGAGUGUGGGAAAGGCUUCUGCUACAAGUCUGAAUUCAUUAGACAUCAGAGAAGCCACACAGGGGAGAAGCCCUAUGGAUGCACUGAGUGUGGGAAAGCCUUUUCCCACAAGUCAACUCUCAUCAAACAUCAGAGAAUCCACACUGGGGUGAGGCCCUUUGAAUGCUUCUUCUGCGGGAAAGCUUUCACCCAAAAGUCCCACCGCACAGAGCAUCAGAGAACGCAUACAAGAGAGAGACCCUUUGUGUGUGGCGAGUGUGGGAAGUCAUUUGGUGAGAAAUCUUACCUCAGUGUCCAUCGAAAGGUGCACACAGGAGAAAGACCUCAUCGUUGCAAAGAAUGUGGGAAAUGCUUCAGCCAGAAGUCAUGCCUCAAUAAACAUUGGAGGACCCACACAGGAGAAAAACCCUAUGGAUGUAAUGAAUGUGGCAAAGCUUUCUACCAGAAGCCAAAUCUCAGUAGACAUCAGAAAAUUCAUGCUAGGAAGGCUGCCUGCAGGAGCGGGAACUUCAGCACUGGAGUAAUGCCUUGAUCAAGAUUCACACUUUCAGCUACUCAGGAAGCUGAGAUCUGACAAUUAUGGUUCAAAGCCAGCCUGGGCAGGAAAGU